AUGUUUAAAGUCGGUGGAAUCUAUACAGUUAUUCGCACAAAAGCGGCAACAACGGUCGAAGAACUGGGUGAUCAUUACGUGCUUUUGGGUCCUCUAAAUGAGGUGUGCAUGCGAACUGAAGUCGAUGUUUCAGAACCAACGAAUGAAGCUCUCAAAAGGACGAUCAAUGCCUUGCGUAAACACGACAUAAAGAUUGUAUUUGGUCGGUGGCUGAUUGAAGGCUAUCCCAAUGUUGUUCUGUUUGACAUUGGCUCUUCUGCCUGGCGAAUUGACUCUUGGAAGAAGGAUUUGUGGGAGUCUUGCAAUAUUGGCAUCCCGGUACACGAUAGCGAAUGCAAUGAUGCUGUCAUCUUUGGAGCCCUAGUUGCCUGGUUUUUAGGCGAAGUAAAAAAUCUCAAGGAGUGUGAACCUGCUCCACGACCUCCUAUCAUCGCACAUUUUCACGAGUGGCUCACGAGUGUUGGUCUUAUAUUUACCCGUACUCGUCACCUCGAUGUCGCAACAGUUUUCACCACCCAUGCGACCCUAUUGGGUCGGUACUUGUGCGCUUCCUCUGCCGAUCUGUACAACAAUCUUCCAAAGUUUGAUCUGGACAAGGUAAUUUGA